AAAAUCGGAAAUGGACUGGAAGGGUAUUCCCAUUUUGUGUUUUGGGUUCCAUUUAGAGUUGUUGUGUUUUAAUCAGUCAUCUUAAAAAUCGAGCGAUGGAUGAAUUUAUUGUGGACCGGGGUCGGGUACCCCGACUAUGCGAAUUUCAGAAGAAAAUAGAAAGGAUGUACGAAGUGAAAAUUGGAUUCGAAGAUGUUCCUAAAGCUCAUCAACAAUGGGUCAUGGUUCAGGGCGAAAAUAUGGACAGACAGAAUGCAAAGGAAUACAUCCUUGCUCUAUGUGAUCCAAGGGAAACACAAACCCUGAAUUACAAAGGUUGCCAGGCAUUGUUCAACAGUGAAACAAUAGAACACAUAGAGAAACAAACCAAUGCUGUGAUAAUUAUAGAGGGGUCAUCAGCAGUGACCAUCACUGGCACUGACCUUGGAGUGACCUUGGCCAUGUCAUCUCUGGAGGAACUGCUGGGAAAGUAUGAUACAGAGAUGGACGGGACAGAAGGUGUAACAGACGAAAAAGAUACAACAGCCGAUGAUUCUGUGUCACCAUGGUCACUAAGACUGGACACUACCCUACAGAGGGCAUUAUCUCAACAAAGCGAUGGCAAUAGUAGUAUGACUAUUGAAGACUACGAUAAUACUUCAGCGUCUGUUAAAAGGGUGAUUUUACAGUGCUUAAAUGACACAGCUACUGAUGAUAUUGACGAUGAUCUGUUGUUUGUAAGUAACUCCCCGAAAAAUAGCCAAAAAUCCUCUAAUCAGUUCAAACUGCCUCUGCUGAUGGGAGAUGAGCAGGCUGACAGUGCUAGUGAUGGACAACACAAGAAACAAGGUAGUGACACAGAAUAUAAUCAGAUUGAUGGAAGGGUUGGCAACCUCACUCAGCAAUUGACUGGUGCAAAUAUUUCACAUACAGAAGCUAACUGUGCUGCAAAACCUUCAGGUGCUUUACCAAACUCAAAGUUGUCAAAGGAACUUGAAUAUUUAAGAAGUUUUGGAAUGUCAGUUGGUUAUAGUGUAAAUAUUGUUGAAGAAGGUUUAAAAUUUGCUGAUGAAAAUACACAAGUUUCAGACUUUAUAGAAAUAUUAACAAGGAUUUCUGAUAGUAAAUCUGAAGACAGUUCUGACAAAGGCAAUAGAAGUUCCUCUCCAGAUCUGGAAAUAUUGAGUCCGUCUAAGAAUCUAGGGAAUUUUCCUCCUCCCCCACCGAUACCUAGUCCAAGUAAGCUCGCAGAUAUGACAGGUCGGCGAAGUUUGCCACCAGAAUAUAAAAGUAAGUUAAUCAAAGAUUUCACAGAAGAGGAAAAUGAUUUACCAAUUGAAGAACUCAAAAGACGGAAUGAAGAAAGGCAGUCAGUGCUUCAAGCAUCAUUUGAUGAUGAAAAUCUUCCGAAGAGAAACACAAAUAUGUCCCCACGAGGGCAAAAUAGAGGGGAGAAGAAUGGACAUCACUCAACUAAACAGAAAGGUCAAGGUCGCUCACAAAAUAAAAAGAAUAAACAAAAGGGGAGACAACCAGGUGCCGAGACCCCUACACAAUACAUUGAGAUCGAUGACAGUGAAGAAACUUGUGUUAUGGAACCAUGGAAAGAUGAUGUUGAUGAUGAUUGUAGAAUUGUAGAUAUUUCUCAUAGUAACUCUAUGCCAGUUGUGGUCCAGCCAAAUAGACAGCAGCAGCAACAACAUACAAAUUAUAACCGACAAUCAUAUCAAAAUAACUUUCAGCAACCAUAUGGUGCCCUAUCAUCACCUCAGAGGCAGCAGACAUCUACAGGGCAUCACCAACAACUACAGAAAGGGCCAAUAGCAGGCAAGCCUGAUGACCUAAGAUAUAUUGUCAUUGAUGGUAGCAAUGUGGCCAUGACGCAUGGUAAUGGGAAAAUAUUUUCUUGUCGUGGAAUCAAAAUAUGCAUCGACCACUUCCUAAAGAGAGGACAUAAACAGGUGACAGCAUUUGUGCCAGAGUGGAGAAAGUACCGUCCACGUAUGGAAAACCUUAUCAGUGAUCAGCCUCUCCUGGAACAGCUUAGAGAACAGGGAUAUCUUGUCUUCACUCCGUCCCGCAGAGUUAACGGCAAAUUGAUCAGCGCUUAUGAUGAUAGAUUUGUGCUGGAGCUAGCUGAGAGGGAGGAUGGUGUGGUUGUUUCUAAUGAUCAAUACCGAGACUUAAUGAAGGAGAAGGCAAGCUGGAGAAUCUUAGUGGAGGACAGGUUGCUGAUGUUCACCUUUGCUGGGGACAACUUCAUGAUCCCAGAGGAUCCCCUUGGUCAGGACGGUCCUACUCUGGACCAGUUACUACACAAACCACACGCUGGAGCACAGAAACGACCUUUAUCACCUGACAAAUCUGACAGAGGAAACUUCAGACAACAACAUCAAAAUAACUGGACUAACAUGCCACGUAUGACUUUGGCCGUGGGUAAUGCUAGAUUCCCCUACCAGAACCUUCCACAGAGAGGUUUAAACCCAAAUCUAGGCUAUCAAAAACCUCCGCUCCUUCAGCAGUUUCCAGGACAAUUUCAGUUCCGUCAAAAUCAGCCUGGAGAUGCUGCAGUGUUUCGAGGGGCACACAGAGGGAGAGGACAACGUUACCCCCAACCACAACCCAAAAAGUUCACUGCACUCUCCUCCAGGUCUGACCAGUCAACUGAGGAACUAUUCACACAGCUCAAAGGUAUUUUCUCCGAGAGUAAACAGGAACAAAAAAUACGCGAAGUCCUUCAGAAUCAUCAGGAAGAAACAGAUUUGAAUCGUCUCACCAACUAUUGUAUGAAUGCAAUAUUCCAAUAAACUGUGCUGUGAUUUUUGACAACUACUUAGGUGGGUACUCACCUGUGACUAGUCAGUACUGACCUGGAAACGCAUAUCUAUGAUCAUGAUCAUCCUGUCACUAUAGAUAUGAUUGUGGUUUCUUCAUGAAAGGAAAGUCUGUGAUCUGAUCAUAAACUUUUGUUUCAGAGUCUAUGUUAUUUACAAUAUGGUUGUUAAAGAAUGGUAUUUGACUUAUAUUGUUGUUGUGAAAGUUUAUACAGGAAAUUUAUCAGUGGUUAAAAUCAGCUUGAUGAAGUAAGUGAAAAAAGAGAAAUCCAGAGUUGGAUGAAGUUAGUGAAAAAAAGACAAAUAUAGAGUUGGAUGAACAGUAUAUAUGCUGUAUAAAAAUCACCAAGAUUUAAACUGUUUCACCAUUGGAGGUUCCAUCAUGAGACAGGCUGUAGAUAUAUCGCUCAGUUCAUCAGGGACAGUAAUUGUAUAGUUGAUCAACUAUCAUUAUCAAUGAAGAGUGUACUGUUAUUUCCUGUGGACUGCCCGCCACCUUUCUGUGCAUCUUUUUUUUAUGUUGUUGUUUUGAAAAACAUUCUAAAUAGAGUGUACUAAAGAAAUCAUUUUAUUUUCUUUCCAAUUGCGUGCACCCAUAAUUCACAUUAAUCCUGUUCAUGGUAAUUGGGUAAGCAAGGUAAUGAUUGUCUUUUUAAAACCCUACACAUUACGCAUUUACUAGUUUCAGCCGCUAAUAAGCUGAUAAUUGUGUGGGCAAUGUACAUGUGUUCAUGUUUUUUUUUUUUUUAUGCUAUUGCUUUUUUUUUUCAAAGUUUUGAACUGAGAUAGUUAUAAGGUGUAUCAUACACUCCACAGGAAAUCAUAGAACAUGUACUUUGUGUAUAUUAUAUGCUUCUAGAGGAAAUAUUUUAUUGAACAGUCUGGACUGCAGCUUUUUAUAUACCAGGCUGGUAACGUCUACAGGAAACCAAUUUGUAAAAGGAGAUGUAUUAUACACGGAUUGUGUGGGAGAUCUGUUAUAUAAAUCCUGGCUUUGUUCUAUGUUACAUGGAUGUAGAUUAUUUUAUAGAGAUACAUUCAGCAUUCCAGCUAUUUUCUCCACAAAGUGGACAUAUAUACAUUGUAACAUGUGAAGUAAAGUCAUGUAUCAGAUAUAAGUAA